ACUGGUGCUCCCUGACAGGAGGACACCUGGAGAGGUAAGACACAUUGAUAUUAUUAACCGCAGUACAACUACCUGUCCUUUCAUUUUAAGAAGCAAUGCAUAAUUACAUGGCCAUCUGAAUACAAACAUUUAAACAGGUUAAUAUCAAAUUGAUCACAUUGGAUCAUUUAGUACACUAACACUUGUAUUUAGAGAAAUGGACUCUGCUUUCAAGGGUUCCCCUUCUAUCAACUGUAUAAACUGUGACUGAAAUGCAUUUUAAUCCCGUAAUUCCUAACUUUCUAUAGUGCAAUUUGUUUCAUAGAGUUUACUCGCCUUCAUGUCGGCCAUUAAUGCGGAAUCCAUAGUGAUAUUUUAGAGCCAUUAACAAACUCUAAGGUUAAAUGUCUUUUAGAACAAAUAUAUCCCGGUGUUUCAAAAGUAGGAUCUCCAUUUCCUCAGGUAGCAUCAAGUUUUAUUUUUUCAGACACUGUCUUCUUAUUGUUGGGUAGUUGAUGUUUUCAAUAACGCUAAAGUAUUAUACUCCAACACCUCAUAUUGCAGAAUGAACUGUCGCUGUCCGUGGUGAUGAAGUGUUUUUUUUUGUUUUUUUUAUAUAAAUAUACAAAUGCUAUACUUUCUCUGUAAAUUACACAGAUAUAAGAAUUUAGUCGUCUAGACUAUUCCAAAUGAUCGCUUUUUUCAGUAGAAAGUCAUUGUGACUGAAGGCCAUUUCUUAAGGAAAUUGACUGUUGCAAAUCUGUCCUCAUGCAUUAACAGGCUGUUUGUCACCUUGUUUUCGUUGUCGUAUCUUUUGUCGUCACCACAUUUUUUGAUCAAAGAGUGUUGCAAUAACGUUUUGGAUCGGAUGGUGUCGGUAUAAUAGCAAAGUAUGUGCCUCGAGCUUUUCGUCAUCACCGUUAGGACCAAUCCUGUAUUUUGGCAUUACGUGUAAAAGGCUUGAACACAAGACUAGCUCUGUUCAAUUCCAAGAACUGUAUUGGCGACGAAACGCCCUUUGCAAAUGAAUAAGGCUGAUUAUAUUUCUUGAACAUACAAUUACAGAUCCCGGAAUUAUUAUUUUUCUCAUGUACAUUAUGGAACAAAGCCGACGCCAGCCGUGGAUCGUACGAUGGAGAUGCGUCGCCUACAUGUUGGUUUUGGUAACGUUUUGGAGCGAAGCUUCGGCUCAGAUCAAAUAUUCCAUCUCCGAGGAGAUGAAAGAAGGAAGUGUUGUUGGAAACGUUGCGAAAGACUUGGGAAUUGAUAAGGUUACGCUGAAAGAUAGAGAAUAUCGUAUUGUUGGCAGUUCAACGGAACCUCUUUUUCGUUUGAAUAAGGACGACGGAAUCCUGUAUGUCAGUAGGAAAGUGGACAGGGAAGAGAUCUGUGAACGAAGCAAAGCGUGUAUAAUCAACCUUAAAACCGUGCUAGAAAAUCCUCUGGAAAUCCAUUAUGUGGCUAUAGAGGUGCUGGAUGUAAACGACCACUCCCCCGUCUUUCCAGAGAAAGAGAAGCGACUGGAGAUAUUUGAAUCGACAUUACCGGGAGCACGAUUCCAGAUUCAACCUGCACGCGACCCCGAUGGUGGUCAGUUUACUGUUCAGCAGUAUACACUCAGCCACAAUGAUCACUUUCGUUUGGAAGUGAAGGAGAGGGGCGAAGACCGUAAGAUGCCCUUUCUGAUAUUAAAGAAGCAGUUAGACAGAGAGGCUUUGAGAGAACACAAGCUUCUGCUCACAGCUAUUGACGGUGGGAGGCCGGCGAGGUCUGGAACAAUAGAAAUACUCAUUAAGGUGCUUGAUGUUAAUGACAAUUCACCUGUUUUUACAAAAGAUGUAUAUUCUGCUGUUCUAUAUGAAAACGCAGCACCUGGUACGUUAGUUAUUCAGGUUAAUGCGACCGAUUUGGAUGAGGGUGCAAACAGCGAAAUUGUUUACUCAUUUGGUGAAGAAGUAGAUUUACAUUUACAAAAACUAUUUAACAUCGACCCAACGACAGGAGAUAUUAAAGUGACCGGUUUGAUUGAUUUUGAAGAAAAUGAAAGCUAUGAAAUUGAUAUCCAAGCUUCAGAUCGGGGCAUAGCCCCCUUUUCCGCAGACAAAACUGUGAUAAUAAAGGUAAUCGACCUUAACGAUAAUCCCCCAGAGAUUGAAAUUACAUCAUUUUCCAAAUCAGUUCCCGAAAAUUCUAAAAUUGGAACGACUGUAGCUUUAAUCAGUGUGAACGAUUUGGAUUCAGGCCCCAAUGGUCAGGUUUCCUGCUUUAUACCUGAGGACGUUCCUUUCGCUAUAUCUCCAUCCUUGCAAGAUAAUAUGUACGCGAUAGUGACCAAAUCACGACUGAACAGAGAAGAAAAGUCUUUUUAUGAACUUACAAUUGUUGCAAAGGACACCGGUGAGCCAUCGCUCUCAUCUGAAAAGACAUUGAGUGUUGUUGUAUCAGACGUGAACGAUAACAGACCACAGUUUUCACUGAGCCCCUAUACGUUCUAUAUUACUGAAAACAAUGACCUAGUAGCACCAGUAUUUUCAGUUAGGGCAUCUGACCUUGAUGAGAGUGAUAAUGCACAUAUUUCAUAUCACAUUCCGAGGGAUCGCAGUGGGGAUAAUUUAGGUCUGUUUUUAAAUAUCAACACAGAAAAUGGAGAUAUUUUGGCCCUUAAAAGUUUUGACUUUGAAACUCUGAAAACGUUCCAGUUCCAAGUUGUUGGCACAGAUUCUGGAACUCCGUCACUAAGCAGCAAC